UGUGGGGACGGAAGUGACGCGACCCGGCUGGGGGAGUUGAACGUGCUGACAUCAGGAGUGCGUGGGCUCCUCCGGUCCUGGGCGGCGGAGAAGAUGGCGGUGAACACAGUCACAGUUCCUCGCAAUUUCCAAUUACUGGAUGAGCUUGAAGAUGGACAGAAAGGUGUUGGCGAUGGUACAGUCAGCUGGGGCCUUGAAAACGAUGAAGAUAUGACUCUUGCUAGAUGGACAGGAAUGAUCAUUGGACCCCCAAGAACAAAUUAUGAAAAUAGAAUAUACAGUUUGAGAAUAGAAUGUGGACCUAAAUACCCAGAAGCCUCUCCUACAGUUAGAUUUGUAACAAAAAUAAACAUGAAUGGAAUAAAUAAUUCCAAUGGCGUGGUGGAUACACGAUGCAUACCUGUUUUAGCCAAGUGGCAACGUACAUAUAGCAUUAAAAUUGUUCUCCAAGAACUUAGACGCAUGAUGAUGUCCAAAGAAAAUAUGAAGCUUCCGCAGCCUCCGGAAGGACAAACUUACAACAAUUAAUUGAUCUGGGAAUGUUUCAAUACUUCUUCCUAGCCCCCCCCCCAUCCCCCUCCAUGAAUUUUAGAAGGCCUGCAAUGUCUUAUAUUGCAUGCCUCUGCCUCUCCAGCUCUGAGAGGGGAACCCCUUUCAGCCCCGACAAACCUAAACUGGGCACAAUUUGCACAUGAAUUCUCAUUGUUGGCUUGGACUCCCAGUUUUUGACUCCCAUUGGUCAUGGACAUAUUAUGCAACAGAUCUGUUGCAGUCCAACCUCCAUACACCUGCACAGGAACACAUAGGAGUAUAGAGGUUGCAAUGAAGUGAUUUUGCUUUUCUUGUUGUAAUCUUGCUUGAUUGUUGGGAUUCACACCUUCUGGGCAUUUUAUUUUCUUAAAAAGUAGCAGUUCAUGUUUUCAAAUUUAUUCUCUUUUUGUUUUUACGUGUGUUACAUUGUCAUAAAUAAAUCUAGGCCUAUAGCAAUUGA